AUGGCAGUCGCCGCCGGGAGAGAGAUGGCGACGACAUUAAGUCCCGGUGUCGCAGGGCCCGGAGAACGACCAGUUGGUGAUGGUCAGUUUGCUCGAGGCGUUUGUACAAUUCGGUCAGGUCAUAACUUUUCGAAUGCCGGAACGGCAUGGCAGACGGACGUCGCCUGUGUCCGUGACGUCACGGUCAGCGGAUGGUCAACGAUGGUCGAUGACUGGUCACACAACUCGGACGGUUGUCGACGUCAAGAAUGA